CCCCUGCCUGUCUAUGUGCUGGUGUUAAUAGGACAGAGCAGGGAGAAUUACAGGUUAUUGUGCAACUGGUUUAUUGCUUUCUGCAAAUAUUCUUAUGGAAUGUUGAGUAAUCUGUUCUGUUUGAAGCCGGGGAUUGAAAUAGAACCAUCCUUACUAUUGCUACAAGAUAGAAAUGUAGUUUGGUUAGUGUUUCUAUUAAUACACCCCUGAUACAGGAACCCUUUAUUUUAUAGAGCAGCAGAUCGUUUCAUUGCAUGCACCCAGCAGUGCAGAGCUAUUGCUAAUGGUUACAGAUCUUCAGUUAGCACCGAGUUAACGAUUAAAGUGCCAUAAAUCUUAAUUGUCAUUGCAGAGCUGGUGAUGUCUGCUCGGCUCCCCCUCUCUCGCAUUCUGCUCCUGCCUUGUAGAAUGGCUUCCACAUCGGGUGCCUCCGGGCUCCCAGCUUCCCUCCUGCGAUCAGCUGCCUAUAUUGGGGGCUCCUGGCUCCGCAGCUCGGACUCCGCGUCCUUCCCAGUGCUGGACCCGGCUACUGGUGCGGAACUGGUGCAAGUGAGUGACUGUGGCCCCAGAGAGUGCAGGGAGGCAUUGAAAGCUGCGUCUGAGGCCUUCCUGACCUGGAGAGAGGUGCCAGCCAAGGUGAGCAAUGAAUGAAUGGUCUCUUUCCUUAGGUUACUGUUCUUAGCUGCAGUUCUCUAGUAAAUAAUGCUGUGGUGGCCAAAAGCCCAGCAGUUGUAAAACUCAAUGCGUUUUUUAUUUUUGUUUUUUUAAAUGAAACAAUAGAAAUUUGGUCUGUUAUCACGGUCACACAAUAUAGAUCCCAUGCACCCCUCACACACACUUUGUUUGUGUACUCAGCAGUCUGUGUCUGUAUGUAUAUAUUGCAUUUGUUAAAUGUAACUAGACAUGUGUUCAUUAUCAGACGAAUAUGAUUUAGUCUGAAUUUUCUGACUUUUUCGGAUUCUUUAACUAUAACAUAAACGAAAGUCCUACAUACGAAUUCUAUACGAAACGAAAGGGCAACUACCAAACGCAUUACCUUUUCGUUUCAGUUCUUUUGUUUAUUAAACUCUGUGCUGCAGGAUAGGCAGAUAGUGUUCACCUCAUCCAUGCGAACGAUUCCACUGAACUGUGCUCUUCCAGGAUGUAAAGAAACGAAAGCAGGCGGGGAUGGAAGUUCAGCGGUGUUCGCGAGGUCGAGUUUCCGAUUUUAGUUCCAUGCACUCAACGACCAAACACCACUGCCUGCAUUUGUGCGAACAAGGUGGUCACCACCACAUGUUAAUGCAUACGAACGGCCACCCAGCUGACCGCUUAGAACACUGAGGUGUGAAUUGUUAUUGAGGUGUUAACAGGGGUGAACGAGGUUAAUAAGCAUACCGGUGGUCUGAGUAUUUUGUGGUUUUGUUCAGUUACCGUACAAAACAGGGGGAAAGUAUGUGAACACGGUAUUUAUCAAACAAAACAGGGAAUAGGAAGAGAACACAGUAUUCCAGUGACAGGGUGUUAGGUCACAUCUAUGCUGCAGGAGAAUUAACCCCCACAGCACAGAGGAGAAACAAAAAAUGCUGGUUCUCACUGCAGACUACUCAUAACAUGCCGCAAGUAGGGGCAUGCAGGAGGAUUUAACCUCCUUUUUAUUAAUAUGGGUGUCAUAGUGACCCCCAUAGGUUUUAAUGCAGAGGGGUAGGAAUUGUUAAUGUUUAUUACAAGGAGGGAGCUGGUAGUGCUGCCGGCUUCCUCCUUGCGUGUUUUUUUUUGUGUGCAUGCGCAGUGUUAUUUUCAUCCUAAUGGGCGAAAAUGAAUAAUUUUGUUAAGGAAUUUCGUCCAAAAAACAAAUGUUUUAUGGAUAAUUUUUAUUUAGUAUAAUUAUAUUCGCACGAAACAAAAAUUUCACUGGUGCACAUGUCUAAAAUGCCCCAAUAAACACAAGCUUCAUUUUAUCAAUAAUCUACAUUUUUUAUUCCUGUAAGUGGUUGGUAGGCUGGGCCCCAGUGCAAGGCUUUUCCCGGGGGCUUAUAAUGCUGUUAAGAUAGCCCUGCAUGGGUGCACAUGAGUGUGGAGAGCCAGUAUGCAGGUGUGGAGGGCUUGUUAUCCUAGGGUUAUGACCAAGUACAUUUUGUGCAUCAAAUUGUGGUGAUGUGUGGAGGAAUUGAGGAGGCUACUGGAAGGAGAGAAAAGUCACAGAGGAAGAUGGUAGAGUGCAAUACAUUGCAUGCUGAUGCCAAAUGUCAGGUUAAUUAAUUGAAUCUGUUACGGUGUGAAGCACCAAGUAGCUGUAUGUCUGAAAGCCAUAAGUAGGUCUGGAAACUGCAAAAUGUAAACUGUGUUGUUUCGCAGAAAUGGUAAUGUUUUCAAUUGAAAGAAUACACUGGCAGUAUCUAUGUCCAAAAAUCUCUUCAUAAAGAUGGAGUGCUUUCUGUGCUGUGACUGUCUCUUUACAUGGCUGUACUUUGUAUAUUGUUCAUAAUAUAACUGCUAUUUCUUUCAGGAGAGAAGUAUCCUAUUGCGUAAGUGGUAUGAAUUGAUGAUCCAGAAUAAAGACGAUCUUGCCAGGAUCAUCACAGCGGAAAAUGUACGUGUGCACAUCAUGGCUGGACUGUAAAAGAAAAAAAGUGUCUUGGCUUUUAAACGCAGAGCAGCUCAAUGCGAGGGCAUAUUAUGUCAACAUCAAUGAUGCUUAGACCACCUUGUUAAAAUGUUAGUUUGAUGUCCCUCAAGACACAAUGCCCUAUGUUGGUUUUACACAGCACAAGCUAAUUUAAAGGGACAGUUUAGAUUUCAUAUGGCACCAUAACACUUCAACUGAAUGAAGUUGUAUGGUCCCAAAAGAGCUUAGAUCGUUUUUGACCGGUUAAACCCCGAAGUUGCUUCCAGUGCCGAUCUCAUCUCGCUCCCCCACACAGUGGCAUUCAGCUUCUGAAAUUUCACUUACUGGAACCAUUGUGCCCUUCCGGGCAGAGGCUCCGCUGACUGGCUGAGAGCAGUCAGCUGAUGCUCUCAGCAAAUCAGUGGCUCAUUCACAAAACAGGCUUGGGAAAAAAACGUACCCAGAGUCUCCUAGGGCCGGGUAAGUCCUAAAAAAAAAACCACUUUUUUUUAGGCUACCUCUAGGAGUGGAUUUAGAACAUGGUAAUUUUAAGGGAUUAGUCUCCACAUUUAUUUCCAAUGUAUCUUAUUCUGAUGACCAUAGUUGGUUCCAAUCUACCAGUUGCUGUCUAGUUUAUCUCCUAUAGAUCCUGCCGUGAGAGGCGGUGGAAUCACUUUAGUGUGAUUCCCGCUCUCGAGGUCAAUGCAGCUGCUUAGAAAAUUGGCACAUGUUCUCUGCAGCUAAUGAUUAGCAGGCUACAGCUAAACUAGCAUCUAAGUUUUAAACAAUAAAGUAUUUAACGAUUGUGCAUGGGGCGUUUGCUGCGAGUCUCUACCAGACUCUAAUUUAUUAGAAUGAUUUUCGCAACAUAGUUUCCUUUACCUCAUUAUUUGAAAUACGGUAUUUCUAAUCUAAUGUGCACUUCAAUUUUUGAAACCUGGAAGCCAAUUUGCUAAUAAAAUCAACCUGACAUGUUAUAUAGAUAAAUAUAAUUGCUGUUCCUGCUUAGGAAAACUACCCCAAGCAGAAUUAAUUUCACCUAUGAUGUUGUUACUUUUGAUGCAAUGCCAGUGCUUUUGUCACUAUGUUAGAUUCAAUUUACAAGAUACUACUACUGUGGCCUGGGUGAGAUUCACAUUGCAACAAAGAUAUGAGGUACAGCUUUACUGUAAAGAGAAACCAAGUCUUGCAUCCCUGCCGCAGUAAUGCGAAUGUGAAUUUUCCCUGGGUGAAUUUAGAAUUUCGCCCUGACUCUAAUGCGCCAUUGAAACUAAUGCAUAUUAACAUUUUGGAAACUUUAUUUUGCCAAAAAAGGGUGUAAUUAGAUUUGAGUAAAUACGGUAGUUGAUUUCUGGAUAUAGGGGUUAUUGCUUAACAGUAUGCAGUCAGAAUCAUAACAUUGUAGAAUGUAACAACCAUAAGAGGAACUCUCCCCCUAUAUGUAAUCUGCUCAGUGAUCACUACAUUGUUGCAAGAAGUAUCCAGCAGAGGGAAUAUUAAACAGAAUAAAUGGAAUUGGAAAGUUAAAAUUCUCUGUGUGUGUGUGUAUGUAUAUAUGUAUAUAUAUAUAUAUAUAUAUAUAUAUAUUUAUUUUGUUCUCAUUACAUAAUAAUGAUUGAUAAUUUUUCUUUUACUUUUAACUCAUUAGCUCCUCUCUUUCUGAUCUUACUUUAAGCUAGAUGAGAUGUUGUUUGUUCUGUUGAAAAGGUACCAUAAAUUAGCCAGUUGAAACUUCUUUAAACUUUGAACAUGCAAUAAUUGUGACUAUUCUGUUUUAUAGUUUAAAGAAGUGCUUAAAGUAUUUUAGGUCAUUUUUUUAAUUUAAUUUUUAAAAUUUAUUUUAUGUUAUCUUUUUAGGGAAAACCCAUGAAAGAAGCCCUUGGGGAGAUUUUGUAUGCAGCUGGCUUUUUUGAAUGGUUUUCAGAGGAGGCACGACGUAUAUAUGGAGACGUGAUAUCUGUACCAUUAAAGGACCGGAGAGCCUUAACACUCAAGCAACCUAUAGGAGUGGCAACAAUUAUUACACCAGUAAGGUUUAGAAAGUACUAUAUAAACCAUAAAAAGAAUGAUUAACAUGGCCACUAAUCUUUCUAUUGUUCUAGUGGGUUUUUUUUUGGUUUUUUUUACUAGUAUAUUUGCUUGUCUAUUUAAAUAUUUGCACGUCAUCUGUUUGCUCAUUAAAUAAAAAGAGCACUCUAAGUAUUUAACAUACAGUUUACCUUCUCUGAUUUUGGCAAGGCUGUUUUGAUUUUUGUUCUGUUUUUUCAAGGCUUUGGGAUUCUUUUAUUUUGUUCUAACCUCUUGGUGCCUAAUCAAAUUUAAUGAAUCAUUAAUCCAUCUAAUGGGACAUUCUCAGUAUUCAAGAAAUAAGUUGGAACUAAAGCAAUCUAUGUGAAUUCUAAAGUAACAUGCUUGGUUUUAUCCAUAAGUCACAACACAAAAAAGGAGGGCCAAUAUUUUAACCUUUUUAUUGCCUCAAAGUAAUAUUUUUGGCAAAGCUUUUAAAAUGAUUUAUUAUUUUUAGGUACACUUUUUUUAAAAUGAUUUUUUUUUUCUCCCAAAUUACCGAAAUAUAAAAAAAAUAUGUAUUGCAUCAAAAAAUACGUAAAUAUUUUUUAAAAAAAUAAAAUUUUAAAAGAUUUAUCCAAAAUAUUAAAUUGUUUGAAAAGAUUAGCCAAAAAUAUUAAAUUGAUGCCUAUAUCUGGCAGUACUCAUGUUCAGGUAGACACUACAUUCAAAGUAUAUCAUUAUGUUAUUGAAAUGAUAUAAAUAAUGAAAAUUGGUAUUUCUCCUCGUUCUACUUUGCCCAUGCCAGUGGAACUUUCCCAGUGCUAUGAUCACGAGGAAGGUGGGAGCUGCGCUUGCUGCCGGCUGCACUGUUGUGGUAAAACCAGCAGAAGACACUCCUUUAUCGGCAUUGGCGCUUGCAGAGGUACAAGCUUUCCAAACUAUUCCAUUGUGCUGUGUGUGUGUGAACAUGCUGUUUUAUUAUUUUUCUUCUGUUUUAUUAAUGCAUCCUCCCUUUAAUGUCCAUCACAGCUUGCUCAGCAGGCUGGGAUCCCAUCAGGUGUCUAUAAUGUAGUUCCUUGCUCCAGAGAGAAGGCUCCAGCAGUUGGAGAAAUCCUGUGCACAGAUCCCUCUGUAGGCAAAAUUUCCUUCACUGGAUCCACAGCGACAGGAAAGGUAACACUCAUUUUAUGCCUUUUUCAUAAUUAAGAUAUGUGAACAGGAUAUUUUGUUUGUUAUUGUGAUAGAACAUUUUCCAAUAGAUAAAACGAACAAAACCCAAUCCAAUUUCCAUAUGUAUGACAAUUGCCCACAUAAAAGCAUUUCUGUAGCAGCACACUGUACCCUGGGGAAAAGUAAAGUGGCUUGAAAAUGCAAUUGAGAAUGGGAUGAGACGAAAAGGAGCGAGUACAUUUGCUCAGCAGUUUAUGGCAUUUUGCACAUCUACCUAUAAAUAAAGCACUACAACAGUAUACACUUAAUGUUGGGAUUUAUUUUAAAUUAAAUUACAAUUCAACAUAUUUUUCUUCAUUCUUCCUAGAUUUGUGAGAUAAAUGACAACUCAUGUCUCCUCUGAUUAUAUAAAUGCCUUUGUGCUCAACGUUGGCAACAGCAAAAAUAAAGUAAUUCGUUGCAGAAUUUUAAUUAUUUAUUUUUGUAAAGCAGAAUAAUUGAAUACAGAUAGGUUUUUUUUUUUUGAGAGUUUAUUGCUGUAACUGAAAACUCACAAAAUAAUGUAUUGCCUCCCAAAUACUUUCUAUUAUUAAUAUCAAUUUUGUCAUCCUUGUGCAUCACAGCAUUUUCAUGACUUAUAUUGCAGUAGCUAUCUCUGCUGUGCCCCUGGCUAAAUUAACUGUAUUUAGGCAGCAGAUGAAUCAGACAGUUGGACCGAUAGCUUUAACAUCCCUUCCCCGUGUACAGAACCUGUUAUGUUUCCUGUGUUGUCAUGAAUAGAACAUUCAGUGCUAUGUUAUUACCUUGUGUCAGUAGAUGUCCCUAAAUAUCACUGUGACUCUGGAACAUGGAUUUCAGUCAAACUUUUAAUCAACCUCAAGCACAUCUGCUUCACUAGCUGAUACCUCAGUAUCAACUCAAAAUAGUUUCACACCUGUCAGGGAACACCAAGAGCUUGACCUUUUAGGGGACGCAUCCCGAUGUUCUUAAAGCUGUAGUCAUCUCAACAGAACCCACCUCCAUUAACUUUAGUUUCCAAAGCAUAUCCAACAAUUGCCUCUGAAUACCAUAUGCACACUUAGAAUCCAUACCUCAAUUAUUCUUUGCAAUAACAGCUGAACUAGUCGUUUCUCCAUGACGAUUAUGAUGCUUCCUCACCCCAUCUCCAAUUAACCUUUGGCUCUGUGUAGUAUCUCAUUGUGUAACUGAGCAAAUUGGAAAUAUUCAAUAAUAUAGUAAUCAUUUUGCUUUGUCUGCAGACGACAGUGUUGUAUUUUUGCUCAUUGGGGCACGCCACAUUCACCUGAGAGGUACAUAGUUAUAUAUUGAUGGAAAUAGAAUUGGAUUAUAAUAUUUAAUUGGAUGAAAAAAUAGGUUUUAACCAAAAGAAAGCCAAUUAACCAUAAAGCAUGUAGUGAGUUGUAUUUUAUACACUGGUAAUGAAUUAUAGGUAAUAAACAAAGCAAUUCAGAUAUAUAUUCAAAAUAUUUAUUAACAUUACUGAAUUGAGGUGAAACAAGGCUACCUCAUGAAUGUGAACCAUAUGUGUUUUUUGGGGGUUUUUUUUUUUUGGUUUGUUUGUUCAUUAUAAUAUGACAUAUUUUGCAUUCAAGCUGCAUAUUUAUUAGUAGAGGCAAUUUCUAUUUUACAUAAUCUCUAUAUUGUACUUCACUAGCCGUGUUUGUUUUACCUCUCCCUUCAAAAUGUAAUUUGAUUGAAAAGUGACCCUGAUCUAGAAUUUAGUAUCUAUUAAAUGACUAAACUAUUGGGUGCUUUAGAACAUGCAGGUACAACUGGAUAUAUUGUAGGGUGUCUGGCAAAAAUCUCAGACAGAAAGGGAUAUUUUUUAUAUACAUCAGCAUGUAGGGAUGUAUAUAAAAAAUACCCCAUUUUGUCUUACUAGAGAUUUUUGCCAGAAGCUCAAGGAAGCAAGGCAAAUGGUUAGAGUUAGGACCCACCUAAGAAGUCUGCCUUGACGUGGCAGGUGGGCAUACCCUCUCAUGGCCAUUGGAGGUAACUAAAAACCUCCAUUUGUUUAAAAAUACAUAAGGAUGUGGAAAGAGCGCAGGUAACUUUUUUCCUUUGGUUUUUACAAUAAAACUUUGUAUCCCUCAAGAAAAAAAAAUGUGUUUUAUGCUUUUAAUCAAUGUGUGUGACUUGUAAUAAAGUAUUCUAAAAUAUGAAACAUAAUUAUCAUUAAAGGUAGGAAAUGGAUUUGUAAAGUUUCUACUGUUUGUGUAAUGUAUGUAGCACAAAUUGUUAAAUAGUAUUACAUUCUGGUUUCUGAAAUAAAAGCUAUAUUUAUUCAUAUGAAACAUAUUUAUAUUUUCUUUAAUACAGAUCUUGCUUCGCUAUGCAGCUGAUUCCGUGAAGAGGGUAUCUAUGGAACUCGGGGGACAUGCCCCAUUCAUUGUGUUUGACAGUGCAAAUGUUGACCAGGCUGCUGCCGGUGCUCUUGCCUCAAAGUUCCGUAAUUCCGGCCAGGUAAGACUUGUUUUCGUUUUGAUUUUAGAAUUACAAAUAUGUUAAAUGCUUAAUUUUAAUGCAUUUAUCUUCUGUGACUGGGAUUUGAAUUAAGUACAAUUAUUGCUAGCCUAUACAUUUGAUGCUUUUAUUUAUUUUUUUGAAUGAGUUGUUGAAAGAGUUGGUCACUCAAUAAUUCUAAAUAUUCAUAUUCAGCCAAACGUUUAUUGCUACAUUAAAACAAAGGCAUUACUUCAUUUCAUUUAUGUGGCAAUAGUGCCAGUUUUUAUGUGGAGAAUUUUUUUUUUUCUCCAGUAGUUUAGAAACACCAAUAUUUUAUUUUUUUUUUGAAGGUUAGGGUGGAAAGCCAACAAAUAUGGGGAAAAUGUUUCUUUAAUUCUGUAAUAAGUCUCAGUUAUGCAGGCCCAAUCCCCCCUGUUUUUGGUAGCUAUUUAGAGAAGCUUACUGGAGAGCAUCUAGGCAUGUUAAAAAAAUAAAACAGGGCUGUUACAGCAGAUUUUGCUCAUGCCUAGUGUCCUCUUAAAAAGGAAUUUCCAUUGAGUGCCAUUCGGGCAGCAGAGCCUAGGUGUGCUAUUGGCAUCUCUAUUCAGGGGCCAUCAUCAGGAUAGCACCUGGGGUGGAGUUACUGUGUCCACAGGAGAGAGAAGCAAGAAGCCAUCUUGGAAGCAGCACAGGGAGAGCACAGAAGCAGCAGCAGCUCCUGGCCAAUGCCAAUGUAAAUGUAUAUUAUUAUCUUUUUCUCUCCCCAAUAGCUAUAGUCACUGCCUGAGUGCUGAUUAAGCAAGGGAAUUUACUGAAAUGUAUAAAUAAAGAUAUAUAUACUUUUAUAUAUUAUAUAUGGGUUAUUAUAUAUUUCCUACAUGUUCUAUGGUAAAUUUUGUAUAUAUUGUGUAUUAAUAUUGUUUUUGUAUUUGUAUUGUAUUUGUAUUUUAUUGUACCCUAAUGUAACAAUGCAAUGUUUUGUGGACCCUGGACAUACUUGAAAACGAGAGAAAUCUCAAUGUAUCUUUACUGGUAAAAUAUUUUAUAAAUAAAUAAAAUAUAUAUAAAAGUCAAAGAAGCCUGGGGGUGACAAGGCAAGGAGAGGAGGACAAUUCUGAUACAGAGCAUUGUGCUGCCUGCCUAAAAGUUUUAAUAAUUCCUACUGCACACACCCACCAUCUUAUUUAAAGUGCUUAAUCACUCUACAAUUGAGACCUGAGACACUCAUGUGGGUAGUUGAAAAGAUGUGAAGCUUUAAACUGUAGGACUGGAGCUGUGAGUCUAAGGACUGAGCUGAUUUUAAUUCCAAUCUAUUUUAAUCUGUAAUGAGUGUUGAUUCUGUUAACUCUGUUAACCAUGUUGGCUAUUUCUUUGCUCCAUAUUAACACUGCAGAUUAAUUAUAUUGCCAGCUAUAAAGUCAAUGCACACUGUGUGCUGAGAGCUAAUGGAGUAGUUGACAAUGUUUCAAAAAAGCAGCAAUAGUUAAUAGAAAGCUAAAUUUAUCAUAGCAGGAGCACUACUGAGGUUGAUAUCAUGUAAGGGAGAGGGCUAGAAAGAUAGACAGAGCUGGAGCAUUAUACAGAGACAUGUAUUGUGUGAGUAUAGCUGUAUUGCCGUUCUCUGUAUUCCAUUACAUUGAUCCUGGCUGUGUGGGAUAGUUAUCAGUAUUUCCUUAUUGUGCUCAGCUCUGUGUGUUAUUCAUCUGUAUUUACUCAGCUCUACCUGUUGUAUGGCUCUGUAGAUUACCCAGCUCGCUGUGUUGUAUAUGUAUACUUGUAUUUUGCCCAGCUCUGUGUAUUCUAUCUUUUAUUUUUGUCUCAGCUCUGUUUGUGGUAUGGGAAUCUCUGUAUUGUACUCAGCUCUGUGUAUAUUACAGAUAUCUUUAUGUUGUGCCCAGCUUGUUUUAUUGUAUGAGCAUUUCUGUAUUAUGCUCAGAACUCUGUAUUGUAUGAAUAUCUCUGUACUCUAUAGGGAGGAGUAAAAAUCUGGGGGAGGAGUCUGGCAUCCCACCAAAUUAAUACACCAGCACCCACUGGCCAGUAGUACCCUGACACUAUACCUCUAUUCACUAUACCUCUAUUUCUAAUGUUUUAAUGCUAAACAAUAGUCCUUAACCCAUUUAAAUAAAUAAAAAUGUACAGUAUAUUUUCCAGUAAGCUAAUGUCAGUUGUGUUUCACAUAAUUUUAUUUUUCUUUAAAUUACUUAGCGGGCCAUCGUCCACAGUGUGCUGUUUUAGCCAAUAAGGAAGCAUUGACCUGAGCAGCAAUAGGCGGCUGUGAUUGGCUGAGAGUGUCAGCUGACCAUUUUGAGUUUGUCACUGCACCUUUUGCUAGUAUGGCUAAAAUUAAGUCUGUAAUCUCUGCCUUAGCCACUGGCGUACAUACCGCGGUCGCAGGGGUCGCAGCUGCAACUGGGUAUGUACGCAAGUUUGCCAGCUUCUUCUCCUGGGGUGCCCCUGAGGCUGGCAGUGGCGUUACAUGGCAGACGCGCAAGGGAGCAUUCUCCCCUGAGCGCUCUCUGCCCAGCUCCCUCGCUUGCACCGUACUGAUGCCGGAGCCAGAAUAUGACAUAAUUCCGGCUCCAGCAUCAGUAAGCGGUUAGCGAGGGAGCUGGGCAGAGCGCACUUAGGGGAGAAUGCUCCCUCGCCGCCUGCAGAGCCGGCCACCCAGCAGCACCACUGGACCCCAGGGAAUCCCUUCAGCACUCCCAAAGGUAGGGAGGCUGGGGGAUUAAAUAAAAAAAAAAAUGUGUGUGUGUGUGUCUGUGUCUGCUAGUGUGUCAGUGAGUGUGUUAGUUUUUGUGUGUUAGUUUGUGUGGGUCUGUUAUUGAAUGUAUCUCUGCUAGUGAGGGUCAGUGUGUGUGUCUGUUACUGAUUGUGUUAGUUUGUGUGUCUGUUAGUGAGUCUGUUUGGUGUCUGUUAGUGUGUGUGUUUGUCAGUGAGAGUGUACGUUUUGUAAGUGACUGUGGGUGUCUGUUAGCUAUUGUGUAUACGUCUGUUCGUGAGAGUGUGUGUGUUGUUAAAACCCCUUCAGCACUUACCUUUCUCCAGUGCCGGGCUCCUUUGGCGCUGGGGAUCUCUCCGCCUCUCAGCUCCGCCCAUAGGUAAAGCAUUACUCAAUGCUUUCCUAUGGACGUCUAUUGUCUUCUCACUGUUUUUCACAGUGGGAAUCGUGGAAGCGCCUCUAGCGGCUGUCAGUGAGACAGUUACUAGAGGCUGGAUUAACCUUCAGUGAAACAUAGUAGUUUCUCCAAAACCACUGUUUUCAGCUGCAGGGUUAACACUAGAGGGAUCUGGCAACAGGACCACUUCAUUGAGCUGAAGUGAUCUGAGUGCCUAUAGUUGUUCUUUAAGUGCAUGCAGUGGCGUACAUACCGUGCCCGCUGCCAUAUGUUGCGGCGCGGCCCGGCCCGCACAGAGUAAGCGCGGGGGGGGGGCCCCAUGGAUCAAUUUUCACACCAGGGCCCCAUGGAUCAUGUGUACACCACUGGCCUUAGCCAAAGCUCUGCCUUAGGCCCUGGCGCAAGAAUCCUCACCCUCCCCCGCCACCCCCCUUUAUGGCAAGGGUGGCCAAAAGGUAGAUCCCCAUCUGUCUUAUUAUUUUCACAAUACUUUUCCAACUUGGGAUCUACCAUUUGCCCAUUCUUGCAGGAUUGUAUUUAGCACUGAGCAGUGCUUGUGUGUGAAUGUAAACAUGUUUUUGUAUGAGAAAUGUGUGAAUGUAGAGGUUUGUUUGUAUGUAGGGUUGGCAUUUAAAUGUAGGCAUGCAUUUAUGUGUUAGUUGGGUUUUUGAAUGCAAGGGUGUGUUUAUAUAUGUUAGUGUUUUAAUAUAGAGGUGUGUUUGUCUGUAAUGUUGCUAUUUGAAUUUUGAGAUGUAUUCACAUACACACUGACGCACAUUCAGACAUACAUGCUGUUAAAGAAUUGCAGUGCAAGACAAGGCCCCUGAUGACACAUGCCCACCAUGUGGCCCUAAGUGCAUGGGCCACCCGAUGGGCCCUCUUAGUGCGCUGGCACUUGCCGCUAGUCAUAAUCAUUAAUCUUCACUGUCCUUAAUCAUACACUUCAGACAGUGCUCUGAUACCCCUUAUGUUUACUUUUCUGUGAAGUCACACAGAUUUCAAAGUAUUUCAGCAAGUUACCUGAUGUAAAACAUUGCAAUUCACACAAUAUUACUAGUUUACAUCAGUGUAUUGAAAAUGGUGUCUAAUAUAGCAUUAGAUCAGGAGAAAUGUGUUGUAACAAGCUUUUCCCAGCAUUAAAGCUCGACAAGUUAUACCCUAUUGCUACAGUAGCAUUGCACCUUAUACAUUUAAAGGUAUUGUGUGUUUUUAAUACAAAGAUGUUUCUCACAUUUAAAGCACACAAUGUAAUGGUAAAAGUACAUGAAACAUACCAUAACCUAUUAAUCAAGAACCCUGUGAAAGGCUUUUCUCUGGUUACAUGUCUGUGUUUCCUGUAAGGCAUAGAAUGGUGGUUUAUGAAUCCAAAUGAUUUCAUGACAUUCUUAAACUGUAACAGAUUGCCACGGUUAUUUACAAAAGUGACAAUAUAAAGCAAGUUUAAAAUUUAAGGCCAAAAUAACUGAAUUGGAAAAGAUUUGCUAAGUAAGUGGUGAUUAAAGUGCAUUUACUUUGGCCCAAUUCUUGAAAUUCACUUUGAAUUGUCACUUUCGUAACUAACCCUGUCUUUGUACUUUGAACAGCAAUUAGUUCCAGGUCACACUGUCACAGAGUCUAAAGACCGUUCUAUUCCCUGCAAGUCAAACUAGAAUAUUGUUUUUAAAUAUUGGCUGAAUGUAUAGGCAAAAUGUAAUCAAUGCAUAUAAAAUUCAAAUUAUAAAUCGCUCAAAUGCGUUGGAUCACGUAUAGCAUGUCAAACUUAUGUGAUGUCCAUUUCUUUUAACUGUAUAUUAAAGAUUUAGCAGUUGAUAUAAGAAUACAGUUCAGUCAAUUCACAGACUUCAUCGGAAGAGAAUUAGAAACAUGUUUUCUGAUUCUACUACGUUCUCUAUGCUCUCUCUCUACGACUGCCUGGUGCAUUGUAAAAUUACACAGCUUGUAACAAUGACUGACAGGAAACUAAGAUGGAGGCAUCCAGUUCUAGGAUAGCGUUAAAUACCACACCAAGUCUUUCUCCAUUUUCAUUUUUCAGACCUCACCCUAUAACACAAAACGUAAAACGAAUCCAGGCCAACCACGAACUACAGGAGUAAAAAAAAUAAAAAAUCCUGCUUUCUAUACACACUAGUUUGUCUGUGUAAGGGGAUGUGCUUAAUGCUAUAUAUAUAAUCCAUAGAACUUGUUUAUGGAUUAAAGCCCUUUUUGUUUUUUACAAGUCCUUGAGUGCUGGCUUCAUUUGGCAGAUUGUAUUUUUGUGCAGCUGAGCACCGGGCAUUUAACCAAGAGGAAAGCAGGAGUGCAAAACACCAACAAAUUGUAUGUAAUUGUAUAUAAUGUCUGAAAUAUAUCCUUUUGCGUUUUUUCCAAUUCUGGCCUUUAAAUAAUAAGCUUAUUAAGUGACACAACACUUAAAUCAGCAUAGCAACCUAUGUUCAUUGAAUAAGUUAGGUUGCCAGAAUGUCCCCUGUAACGCUGUACCUGUGGCCUAUAACUGCAGCAGUUAUGCAAAAUCACUACAGCAGUAAGACUGCCACGACUGCCAUCUCUUUUACAAAAAAAAGCCCAAAUGUGCAUACACUGUCUGCAUGGCUUCUCUCUCCACUUAUGCAUAGUGCCAUCCAGACAACUUCUUUGGGGAAAGCGCUGGUAAAAGUAUCAAUGUUGCUGUGGUAACCAGCGGAAACGCUUUGAUACAGCAGAGGAGGAGAGACUAAGUUCUCCCUCCUCCUCAGCAUUCGGGUGGGCUCUCCCCACCAGGCAUGGAGCCCCUUCUCUGGGCCUGCCCUCAAUCAGUUCUCCCUUUUCAGCCUCAGGCCAAAGGUCAAUCAGAGUCUGUCCAUAGACCAGAAUGAGUAUAUCUGCUGCAACUAAACUGUACAGUAGCUUAUUGUACUAUAAAGGUGAAUACAUAUUUCUUUACUGAUUAUUUUUUGUGUAUAUUUAUAAUGCAUUGCAUAAUUCAUUAAAAGAGAUCAGCCCAUAAUACUAAAAAGAUUGUCAUAUAUAUACUUUAGAUAUAAAUACAAUUGUGAUUUUUUUUUUUUGAUUUUUUUUUUUAAAUGGAUGGAUUAUUCUUAGAUUGUAAACUUGUUUAAUCAGGACCAUCUUCACCUACUUGUCUUUGUUAAUAUAUGUAUGUCAAUUACUUGUAGUAAAAUAUCCCCAUUCUAUAAUUGUAAAUCAUUACUGAAUAUGUUGGCACUAUAUAAGUUAUAAUAAAAAUAUGUGCUCUGUUAUUGCUGUACCAAGGAAUUCACUAGUGGCAUAUUACAUACACAAUUUCCUACUCCAUCAUAAGAAUAAUGGUGAAUUCUAUGUGUCCGUUUUGAAAAAUGAAAUGAAGGAAAAUAAAUUCUUUGUUUUAAGGUGUCUUCUUCUUUUGGGUUUCUCUAUAGACUUGUGUCUGCUCAAACAGAUUUCUAGUACAGAAAGGGAUACACGAUGCGUUUGUGAAAAAAUUAGCAUCUCUGAUUCAGAAGGAGCUACAUAUUGGAAAUGGAUUUGAAGAGGGAGUAACACAAGGCCCACUAAUCAAUGAGAAGGCAGCACUUAAGGUAAUUUAGCAGCCAAGGUUUCAGUAUCAGAGGUUUAAAAAAUAUUUAUUCCAUAUUACUUUGUAUUUAGAGCAAAGAGAAGAUUUUAAGUAUUUGUUUUCUUAGUUUUUUGGGUGAUGGGUUAGAGUUGACAUUCUCUUUCUUGGGCCACAGGUGGAGCAACAUGUACGUGAUGCUGUAUCUCAGGGAGCCCGCAUCGAAACAGGCGGCAAGCCAUCCACCUAUGGCAAGAAUUUUUAUGAGCCAACUCUGCUCAGCAAUGUCACAACGAAUAUGCUGUGCACGCAAGAGGAAACAUUUGGGCCUCUAGCUCCAGUGAUCAAGUAAGUGAAACUUUGACCUGCGUCUGUGCCCCAUCCCCACCUCCCAUUUUGUCUCCCACCCUUCCUUACCAUGUGCUUCAAAAUACGUUGGGGAUAGAGAGUCACACAAAAUCUGUCAUUAGUGGAGACACAGAGCAAUUCUGGAAGGGUGUUGGAAGAGGACUCUUGACAGAUUUGUGUAAUUAAAUAAUUGGUAUGUAUUGGUACCAAUACAUAUAGUCUACGAGCACUGUAGGAUGGGAUACUGGAUGGUUAGAUCAGUCCUCCCCCCCCCGCCCCUUCUCAUCCUGCAGAGUGAAGUAACUGUCUGAUUUAAAGCCAAAACAAGGUUCCAGUUCAUUGCUUAGCUAAUUACCCACAAUCCAUCAUUUAAAAGAAUCCCACAGAAGGGCAAACUGCAGAUAUCUUGGACAGAGGUGAACAAUGUAGUGGUCCCCAGGUAUUGAGAUCUGGCACAAAGAAGAAAAAAUCAUAAAUAGUAAAACAGACAAGUGACAAUGGUGGGAGUAUAAUCAUUCUGAUAUAAGGGACAGAAGGAAAGGAAAAAACGUGUGCUGUUUUAAAUGCCUGAUUUACCUUGAUUAUGGCUUUUUACAGAUAUUCAUGGUUAAGUCAUUUUAUUCUUUCUGCAUUUUCACAAAUUAGUUUUUAUAUGUUCCAGGUUUGACACCGAAGAAGAAGCUAUUGCUAUUGCAAAUUCUGCUAACGUAGGCCUUGCAGGUAUGCAUUGUUAUUGAAACUGUAAAUGUAUUGAAAGAACUGUGUCCUUGCAGUGCCACUAUAAAAACCUUCCCACUUACACAGAAGCCAACCGCUAAAAAGUGGGUGUUUUGCAUCCACCCCACCCCACCUUUAUUUAUUUUUUUUGGAAAGUUUAGUUUUUAUGUAAGAUGGACAAUCUGCAUCGUGCAGUUGCAAGUUCAAUGGUUCCCUAAAGUUCUUUACAUUUCCACAGGAUAUUUUUAUUCUCAAGACCCCGCACAAAUCUGGAGAGUGGCUGAACGUCUUGAAGUAGGCAUGGUUGGAGUGAAUGAAGGUUUACUGUCAUCUGUUGAAUGUCCAUUUGGUGGAGUGAAGCAAUCAGGCAUUGGUCGAGAAGGAUCAAAAUAUGGCAUUGAUGAGUAUUUAGAAAUUAAAUAUGUUUGCUUUGGAGGUCUGUGAUCUUAUGUAGGUGGAUACAUCUAGUUUCUCAGUAGAAUAGUAUGUUAUGUUUAAUGCAAAACUACCACUAAGACUUGGUUACCUUUGGGUAAGUGUACAUGUAAUGUAUAGAUUGUGCUUGCUUAAUUGCAAGUAAAUGUAAUUUAAGAGAUAUACUUACCCGAAGACAACUCCUCCUCUGAGAUGGUAGUCAAAAAUGUUCCUGAUUGUUGCAUUUGCAAUUGCCAUGGCCACAAGUGACACAAUGCCUGUUGAAUUGUCACAUGAGAAGGGAUGUGGCUUGCUGUAGAAUUCCAUAUUUGUAGUCUUUAGCUCUAUGCCACUGGCAUAGAUGACCCAAAUAUUGAAAAUAAAUACAAUUGGAAAAAAUCCAAUUUAUAUAUUUGCAAGCAAAUUGCCAAACACAACAUGUAGACACAAUGUUUUCAUCUUUGAGUUUAGUAUCCCUGAUUUGUGAUGAUAUGCAUUGAGAUUUAAAUGCACCUAAUGAUAACCAAAUGUGUCAUUAAAGGGAGGAACUCUUGUAAUUUAAGGCACAUGUCAAUCACCUAAAUGACAAGAAUGCCCUUUCGCUGUGUAAAAAUGCACACAACCUUUUUUGUAAACAUACAUACAAACCUAUUGCAUCAUGGCUACACUCCCAAGACGUUACACUUUGUGGUCAGAUGUAUGUGGAUAUAUUUGUGACGUGUUCUUCUAGAGUUGCAGUCCUCAGAACAGGGGUCUAUGAAGGAUUCUGUGAAAUCCACUAUGCACAAGAACUUCGAUACUUGUUCUAGCAACAGCUGAUGAGAAAUUGCAAGAUGUAGCUGCAGAGGUUGUUUGAAGCUCUGCUUAUUGUCACAAUUUGCCAAAGUUGGACUCCUACAAGAUAGUCCCUUUCCUUAUCCUUUCACAGCACAGCACAGCAUUUCAUUGAAAUUCUAACAUGGUCUAUAUGAAUUUCUUAUAAACAUUUUACAGUGACAGUGGCUUUUUAAUAUGAGUUACUACUGUACACCUACUGUCCAUCUAACAAAUUGCACAACUAUAUCCACAUAGUUUUACUGAAAGCCCCGGUGGGAAAAUAGUAUAUAUAAUUUUCUCCUGUAACAUAGAAGGCAAUUUGCUCAGCAAAAAAAUAUUGUGCCAUAUGUGUGGUUGCCAAACGUUUUAUGACUUGUAUCUACUGUACAAGUUUGCCAAUGUGUUGCAUAAUUUGUGUUCAUGAUGUCAGUACUGUGAAAAAAAAGUUUUUUUUGUUUUUUUUUUAAUACACCAAUUGAUGGUAAUUAAACUGCACAAUCUGAGCCAGCAAUGGGCACAAAUAUUCACUUCAAUUAACCAUUAUUGUCUAGUAAACUAUUAAACGUUUACUAUUCGUAGGAACAGUAUUAAUAUUUUACCAAUAUUUGCUAUAAACUAAAAGUACUAAGGCACACUAAAAUAGACAGGGGGACCUACAGCUGCUGUCUACCUGCAAUCCUUAAUUGUCUACAAGCCAAGAGGAAAUAUGGUCCAAAUAUAUCUAUUGGGCCAGUCGGGUAGUACUGCUAGAGAGGGGUAGAGGAAAGAAAUGAUUGUAAGUAGGAGAGAAUAUAUUAUCAGCCAGAUUGAACUAAGGAAUAGAAUGGAAAAUACAUAGAACAUCACAUGGACGUUGAACUGGCCUAUUCGGUGGUACAUGAUCUAACCAAAAGCACAUAUACUGUUGAAUACUGGCAAGAUGAGAUUGCUUUUUAAAAUUUUAAUUUAUUUAUAAUUUGCCUAGUGUUAAUGUAUUGUAUUGUUAAUUCUACAUUUUGACUUGGGUUUUUAACAGUUUGCAGAUUGCCAUAAAGGCUUAUUUUACCCCAGUAUGUGACAUAUUAAACUUGGAAAUUUACCAGUUUAGAAAAAUGUAUGUUUAGAAAUGUAAACUGUAAUAUAUCGUAAUGUUUAUUUUUAAUUAAUAAAUACUUGUUGGGAAUGUGGUUUCAUUAUUAUUCUAAUUGCUCAUGGUUGACUGCAAUAUUAAACUUACUGACGUGAUUACAUAGCAAUAAACAAAACAUCAUACCAGAAUUGUCUGAAACAAAAAAUAACUGCAAAAACAAGCAUGUAUUAAACAUUACUAGAAAAAUGAUGACCUUCAUUUUCACAUGACCAUGAGCAGCACCACCAUAUCUAAACCCAAAUGUAACAGACCCAGACUUAAUGAGGCUGACAGUGCUAGAGAUCUUCCUCAAUGUUUUUUAUA